AUGAAAAUCGACUCGAAAUCCCCUAUCAAAUCUUCGACUCCUAAAAUAAUCCAUGACUUGAAAGUUGUUAUUCAUGACACCAUCACUAUCUUCCCUUCUCAUAAGACAGAAAAACGGUCGAUGUUCUUGUCAAAUAUCGACCAGACUCUCAACUUCAACAUUGAUAUUGUCCAUUUUUUUGUGAUGGACACUCGAUAUCUGAAAAAAAUUGUUGUAGAAAAACUUAAAUCUACAUUGAGUAAGGCGUUGGUAGCAUAUGAUUUCUUGGCGGGCAGAUUAAGGUUUAAUCUUGAGUCACAACGAUUUGAGAUUGAUUGUAAUGGUCUCGGCGCCUUAUUUGUGGUAGGUUCGAGUGAAUUCGAGUUAGGUGAGAUUGGUGACUUGGUGUAUCCGAACCCCGGGUUUAGACAACUGGUUCAAAAGAGCUAUGAUGACAUGCCUAUACAUGACCGACCACUUUGCAUUUUGCAGCAGGUCUCAACAGCCCCAUCGAUCUUCCCAUCCAGUUCAACUUUCCACAAUGAAGUUAUAUCACAUCAUUAUCUAAGACUAAGACCGACAUACCAUCCAGCUAUCAAUUUCUCCAACGUAAAAAAUUCAUACGAAACUGAAUUCUCCACUUUUGGUGGGCAAACCCCUAAAAGGGAGAAUUUUAAGAAGGAAGAAGAAAGAGAUAUACCUGAAACGGAAGGGAAACCAAGUGCAAAAAGGAACCGCUACAGUUACAGUCGAUUCAGGUGGGAUCAACGGUGGAGACUGUAA